UCGCCCUCCUAUCAACCGUCCAGCUUUUGUGCCCGAGACCAGUUAGAAAAUCUCAUUGCCAGACACGGUCACCCCACUCGAGUUUCGCUGUCAUCCCUUGAGGAAUUAACGGCAACCUCCUCAACAUAUAAUCCUCCUUCUCCCGACUCGUCGAGUUCAGACACUACAGACUCUGUGGAGACCCUCAUCCUCACCCAGUCAACCUCCCGGCCGAUUCCCAUUCCCAAGCCAUCUCCUAACACAUACGAUAAAGAUUUUCCUGUCACUCCCCUAACAGGGCGUUUCGACAAAGGCUACUACUUUGCCCACCGUGACCAUACCACCGAGGCUCACCGAGAAAGACAAUCCCAUAGAAGGAGCGGUCGAUCCGGUCAUCGCUCCCAUCGUUCACCCUCGUCCAGAAUGCGUUCGGACAGCUCAACCUUCUACCCGCCAGCCGUCUCCCCCUCCAUGGCUCCAACUGCCCGUGCUGUGUCUCCGCAGCCCUCCCGCUCUCAGGCUCAAAACACACCCAAGUCCAUGCCUGCUUUCCACUUGGGGAGCUUACCACGGUUCCAUCCCGCAGUAUAUCAGUCCUCCGGCAGCCCUCAAGCGCAGCCUUCUUCACCACACCAGCCGCGACAACACGGGUAUCGCACGUCCUCUGGCUCCCGUGACACCAUGUGGCAGUAUCGAGAGUUGAUGGAAGGAAAUUCCUUACCAAAGACUCCCUCCAGGCCCCUGUCACCGAGUCCAUCUGCCCCGCGCCUAGAUCCGCUCCGCAGCCCGGGCCCGGUGACUCCGCUGGCGCUCGAAGAAGCAGGUGGAUAUCUUGCCUCGGGCACAUCUAGUUCAUCCGGGUUCUCAUCUCGAGAUCACGCUGGGCCGGCUCCAGACCUGGUGGAUAGACUGAUUGCUCGGGAAAACGAACGGAACCGACAAAAGCCAAUGAAAUCCCUCAAGGGCUUCUAA